AUGGCACUAAACCACACUGCCCUGCCCCAGGAUGAGCACCUGCCACACUACCUCCGAGAAGGGGACCCCUUUGCUUCCAAACUUUCCUGGGAAGCGGAUCUAGUGGCUGGCUUUUACUUAACAAUAAUUGGGAUUCUGUCCACAUUUGGAAACGGGUAUGUCCUUUAUAUGUCUUCUAGACGAAAGAAGAAGCUGAGACCUGCGGAAAUAAUGACUAUCAAUUUAGCAAUCUGUGAUCUGGGCAUUUCAGUUGUAGGCAAACCGUUCACGAUCAUCUCUUGCUUCUGUCACCGCUGGGUGUUUGGCUGGAUUGGCUGCCGUUGGUACGGAUGGGCUGGAUUUUUCUUUGGCUGUGGAAGUCUCAUCACCAUGACUGCUGUCAGCCUGGAUCGGUAUCUGAAAAUCUGCUAUUUAUCGUAUGGGGUUUGGCUGAAAAGAAAGCACGCCUACAUCUGCCUGGCAGUCAUCUGGGCCUAUGCUUCCUUCUGGACCACCAUGCCCUUGGUAGGUCUGGGGGACUACGCACCUGAGCCCUUCGGAACCUCGUGCACACUGGACUGGUGGCUGGCCCAGGCCUCCGUGGGUGGCCAGAUUUUCAUCCUGAACAUCCUCUUCUUCUGCCUCUUACUCCCAACGGCUGUGAUCGUGUUCUCCUAUGUGAAGAUCAUUGCUAAGGUUAAGUCCUCCUCUAAAGAAGUAGCUCAUUUCGACAGUCGGAUACAUAGCAGCCAUGUGCUGGAAAUGAAACUGACCAAGGUAGCAAUGCUGAUUUGCGCUGGCUUCCUGAUUGCCUGGAUUCCUUACGCGGUGGUCUCUGUGUGGUCAGCUUUUGGAAGGCCAGACUCCAUCCCUAUACAACUCUCUGUGGUGCCAACCCUCCUUGCAAAAUCAGCAGCAAUGUACAACCCCAUCAUUUACCAGGUCAUUGAUUACAAAUUUGCCUGUUGCCAAACUGGUGGUUUGAAAGCAACUAAGAAGAAAUCUUUGGAAGACUUCAGGCUGCACACUGUAACCACAGUCAGGAAGUCUUCUGCUGUGUUGGAAAUCCAUCAAGAGGUAUGA